AUGGCUGAGUCGGGCAUUCACGAAGGGAAUAAGGUUAGGUUGUUUACUCGCAGAAACGCUCUCGCAGCUUUGAUGGACAGGGAAGACGAAGUUAAAACGCGCGCAGGCUCGGCAAGAGGCAGCCCACCUUUUAGCCCACCCGCCCACGCACGCGCCAGCACCUCACCUCACUCACUGCCCGUCCUCUCUCACUCUCCUGCACGCACCGCACCGCAACGGCCCAGCACCAGCACCAGCAGCCCACCAGCGAGUCGCCGGCCGCGUUCGGCGACGUGUCCGGCAGUCUGCAGCGCCCGACCGACAAUAAUAUCCAUGUUAUUAAUAUUAUCAACAGCAGCAGAAAACCACCUCCCACCACCAGCGUCGUCUGCGUCUGCGUCUGCCGAUCCGGGUGCUGAGGCACGCUCGCUUAGCGUCGCGUUUCACCGUAGUAAACUCUAUCCGACCACCACCGCUCGUCCAGAUUCACACCCACCCUCUCUGCCUCCAACCGUCACAAACGAACGACUUUUGGCCUUGUCGCUAGCCGCACCGCUUUUCUCACAUGUCAACGGCCGCUUAGCUAGCACGCACGCUACUUUACUCCUCCUCUGCUCGCUAGCAUCCUUCAGUCCACACCACACCGCAAGGCUGACUGCUGCUCCGCCGCUGUGCGUCACAGACGCCGCCCGCCACGGCCAAUGGCCUGUCCCAACGCGACCGUCAGAGCAUCAACACCACGCAUCAAUCGCGGUGGCGGCGGGCGGCGGCGUCAUCAUCAUCAUCGUCGCCAUCAUCUUCGCCUCGCCGCACAGAUCAAUAAUGGUGCUGCUGUUUGUGCGACACACAGCGUGCGCGACGACACGCACGCCAUCCACGCUCGCUCCAACCCCGCCUUCUUUCCCUCCCACUAGCGGCCGUCAGAUGUCUGCAAAGGCUCCACCACCCUUCAUUUCGAGCCACGUCGCUGCGAGAAAAGUGAAAUGGGUCUUUCCGAAAACCGCACUGCUCGCCGAGGCACGCGAACAGGCCGCCGCUCCAGCACCGCAGAAUGUGCCUGAUUAUGAGAGGAACAGCGGCGGCGGUGAUGUCGAAUCCUCCUGGCAGUUGCAGUCCGCUGGCGUCGCCGAUCCUUUUGAAUUGCAGCGCCACGGUCGAACAGGCACGUGGCAGCCAGGUAUCUUCUCCAGGCUCAGCCAGGCCUCCUUCAAAGGGUGCCUUGUCACGCCCGCCGGCAAAUCGUGUGCCCGCUUGCAGCUUUGGGAUGCGAGCACGCUACCCGGAUUCACCCAUGCCCGCCACUCUACCACCCUAGACUGGAGAUGUGCUGGCGAGGGUGCCUGCUGCAGGCCUCGCGACUUCACCAGAUGCCGCAACCAUCAACAUGAACGACAGCGAAAAGCGCCAGAAUCCUCCGCUGCCUCGCUUAACGACCGUCGAAAGGAACAAUAA